GUGAGUGUGUGGACGCGGGUGCGCGCUCGCAUAGAGGCUCAUCGCAUCACCCCUCAUCACAACAGCAAGGUUUGUCAGUGUAGGACCAGACAAUGUUCCGCAAAAAGAAAAAGAAGAGGCCAGAAAUUUCUGCACCAAAGAACUUUGAGCACCGAGUCCAUACCUCUUUCGAUGCAAAGCGUGGAGUGUUUGUGGGGCUACCAACACAAUGGCAGAGUCUUAUAGAAAACCUACGAAGACCCAAACCCAUGGUGGACCCCUCCAGAAUAACACCGGUGGAACUGAAACCAAAGAAGACAAUCGUGCGGGGCAGCUUCGUGGGCCACGGCGACUACAUCUCAGCCAUGCUGUCAGAUAUGAGCCGCCUGUCGGUGACCAGCUCCAACUCGCUGCGCAAGAGCAGCCCCUCGACCCGCAAGAGGGCACAAUCAUUGGGUCGUCUGGGCGAGGUGACCGAGGGCGAUACCUACCAGUAUGAGGACCUGGAGCAGGGCGACCCUGAGGCUGAUGCCCAGGCCCAGUGGAGGGACCAGUCGCGGAAUGUCCACAGCGAGAGUGGGACGCCGUACAUGGGCAUGAAGAAGAGCAUCACCCUACAACCUAAUGGCGUGUUGCCCAGGGCCAAGUCCACUUAUGAGGUUAGCGUUAGCUCCCUGGAGGGUCGCCCAGUUCCACCUGCGCUGCCCGCUCCCCCGCCUCCACCCUUCCCUGUGCCCCCCCGGCCCGUGUACGUGGGCGGGGAUUUGGGGAGCCCUAAUGAGAGACUAAUGAUGAGGAGGGAGUUUCCCAUAGUGCUCUCUCACAACCCUAGACCUAUCUCCUGCUUCUAUAGCCCCACUAUGCCCAUGCAGCAUGCCCAAGGAGAGAGCGGGGGGCUCCCGCCAGACCUGAGGACCACUGACCGGCUGCUGGUUCACCCACAGAACAGCCCCGGGAGACCAUACUCUUCAUAUGACCUAAAGGUCCAGGCGGACACCGCUCUGAGGCCACAGCCAGGUUUCUUCCACAGCGGGGCCAGCAGUCCUCUGGUGAGCGCCACACGGCCACACAGGACGGUGCGCUCGUCCUCCAGCUACACCAUCGGCCUCUCGCCCAACAUCAGCUUCCGCCCAGCCGGCCCUGACCCCUUCCUCAGGCACUCAGGCUGCCCCAACCCCGGACUCUACCCCAGACAGGACAGCCCCUCACAGCCACGCCCCUCGCCUACUGGAUCUUUAGCAACCAGCCCUCCUGGGACAUGUUCCCCUGCCUUCAGACCCCCACAGCACCCAUCACCCCGCCCGCCCCCUGACCCACCCAAAGUCACCCAUGAGCAGUUCAAAGCAGCGCUGCAGAUGGUGGUGGACAAGGGUGACCCACGUUCAUACCUGGAGAACUUUGUGAAGAUUGGCGAGGGCUCCACCGGGGUGGUGUGCAUCGCUCGCGAGAAACACAGCGGCCGGCUGGUGGCAGUCAAAAUGAUGGACCUGAGGAGGCAGCAGAGGCGGGAACUGCUCUUCAAUGAGGUGGUGAUCAUGCGGGACUAUCAGCAUAAGAAUGUGGUGGAGAUGUUUAAGAGUGCGCUGGUGGAGGAGGAACUCUGGGUCAUUAUGGAGUAUCUCCAGGGAGGAGCUCUCACUAACAUAGUGUCUGAAACCAGGCUGAGCGAGGAGCAGAUUGCCACAGUAUGUGAGGCUGUCCUGCAGGCGCUGGCUUACCUCCACUCGCAGGGUGUCAUCCACCGUGACAUCAAAAGCGACUCCAUCCUGCUCUCCUUGGAUGGAAGGAUCAAGCUGUCAGACUUUGGGUUUUGUGCCCAGAUCAGCAAAGAUAUUCCCAAGAGGAAAUCAUUGGUAGGGACUCCAUAUUGGAUGGCCCCUGAAGUUAUCUCAAAGUCACCAUAUGGCACUGAGGUGGACGUGUGGUCUAUGGGCAUCAUGGUGGUAGAGAUGGUGGACGGAGAGCCUCCAUACUUCAGUGAAACUCCAGUGGCUGCCAUGAAGAGGCUGAGAGAUGAGCCAGCACCCACCAUCCGCAACAUUCAACAGGUGUCUCCAGUGCUGAAGGACUUCCUGGAUCGCAUGCUGACCAGAGACCCACUGGAGCGGGCAAGCGCCACUGACCUCCUCGAGCACCCUUUCCUCCUGCAGAGCAGCUCUCCGCAGUGCCUAGUGCCCCUAGUGGAGCAGUAUCGCAAGCGCAUGUCCCGCUGCUGAGCCCCCCAUUGCCUCUCUCCUCAGCACUAUGCCCACUGUAGGCUGUCUCUACACCACUGCAGAGCCCCAGGCUCCCUCGCCCAGAGGCUCCCUGAGCCCCAGACCUACAUAAGUACGUCCUGGGUGCAAAGUGGCAAGCAGAAGAGGUUGUUACGCAGCUGCGGACUUGAAAAAACAGAAACUUCAAGCACUUUUGUCCUUGUGCGUUCAGGAUGAUGAUGACUGCUGUUGGCUACUGGCAUCAGUAGAGUGGGAGGAAGUUACGCCACAGGAUGAUGACAAAUGUACUUUGUCCAGAGGACGUCACACUGAGGACAAACGCUUAAAUGGCAGCCUAGACAAUUUGAGAGUGUUAAUAUCUUCAGCUGAAAGUGUUAGAGUCAUUCUUUCAUUUUUAGGCGAGAAGCCUUAUUAUCGCGACUCAGAGGGAGAAUGAAGCUGUAGGUCGAUAUUUUACCAGUGUUCUUAGCACAGAGAGACUACUGCACCUUGUCCAGGAUCAACUUGCAUGCCUAUGCAGUGGCACAUGUAGGCUGAUUUUAAGUUUUGCGAAAUGACUUGAGAUAAACAUUACAACAUUGACGUCGACUGUCGUUCUGCUACUGUGGUGGCAACUGUUUUUAAUGAGCCAUUGGAACCAACUGAA